UGGAGGAAGCUGGAGGAAAGUGUCUUCCCUGCAUUGUUGAUAUCAGAGAUGAAAAAGCAGUUUACAAUGCUGUAGAAGAAGGAGUGACAAAAUUUGGAACCAUUGAUAUUUUGGUGAACAAUGCAAGUGCUAUCAGUUUGACAGGAACGUUAGAAACACCAAUGAAAAAAUAUGACCUUAUGAACAAUAUCAAUGGAAGAGGAACCUAUUUAUGUUCUCAGGCCUGUGCACCAUACUUGAAGAAAGGCAAAAAUUCCCACAUAUUGAAUAUCAGUCCACCUUUAAACAUGAAUCCUGUUUGGUUCAAGAAUCAUGUUGCAUACACCAUGGCUAAAUAUGGCAUGUCUAUGUGCGUUCUGGGGAUGGCCGAGGAGUUCAAAGAUGAUGGAGUAGCCGUGAAUGCACUAUGGCCAAAAACUGCUAUUGCCACAGCAGCAAUGAAGAUGCUUGGUGGAGAAGACGCAAUAAAGCAAUGCCGUACAUCGGACAUCAUGGCUGAUGCUGCUUAUGUUGUAUUAACACGUGACAGUCGUUCAUAUACCGGACAGUUCUUGAUUGACGAGGACGUACUGAAAGAUGUCGGUGUGAAUGACUUUGAGAAAUAUUCAUGUGUUCCUGGAAGUAAACUUCUGCCUGACUUCUUUCUCGACGAAGCGAACCCAGAGGUUCUUCUCAAGGAUCACCAAAAGAUGUCAAAGCAAGAAGCAGCGGGCAGUACACCCUCGGGAAGUGUAGCCAAAGUCUUUGACACUAUCAAUGCAUUGUGCGAUGAAGAUCUGGUUAAGACCAUCAAUGGAGUGUUUCAGUUUGACGUUUCUGGGACGGAUGCAGGACUGUGGUAUCUUGAUUUAAAGAACGGUUCAGGUAUGGCAGGGCAUGGUUCUUAUCCUGGAGGUCAAGCCCAGUGUACAAUGUCAAUGGAUUGUGAAGACUUUAUAAAGAUGUUCGGAGGAAAACUUAACCCCACUCAAGCAUUCAUGUCGGGAAAACUGAAAAUCAAAGGAGAUAUGAUGCUAGCAAUGAAACUUGAAAAAUUGAUGGGAAAAAUGAAGUCAAAGUUAUAAAGAUAUGAAAUUCAUAGGUCUUAAACAUGCACUUUCAGGAAUUUUCUGAGUUGGAUUUCUGAGGUGUCCUGUGAAAUUCUCCACAAAAAUUUUUUUUUAUAACUUUCCGUAAGAGUGUCUGCAUUUUGAUGAGCCACUGGUGACUAAAAUAUUUUGAGAUUAUCUAUACUGAAUGAAUUUAAAACUUAAUUAUCGAAACAUUUUUAAUUCAAAGCACUGCACCUUUGAAAUAUUACAAAGUUUAACAGUAUUAUGUGUAUGUACUUGCAUUCUCCUUCAUAGAUGUCAAAACAUCACUUGUCUGUAGAAACGUUCAAAUAAAAUCAAAUCUGAUUAUAAUAUUAAAGUUGACUUAAAAAAA